GUGCGCACAAGAACACCAUCGUCUCCGCCCCUCCGAGUCACGUGGAGGAGGAGCGACCGGGCCUAGACGCUUGACCCAGGCCCCAAAUUCGCUCAGGAAUGGAGCCAGAAGAGGGGACCCCUCUGUGGCGGCUGCAGAAGCUUCCAGCCGAGCUGGCCCUACCGCUUCUUCACAAAAUAAUUGAUGGCAUUUGUGGCCGAAUUUAUCCUCUCUACCAGGACUAUCAAAGUGUUUGGGAUUCCACGGAAUGGAUGCAUGUUCUGGAAGAUAUUACCAAAUUUUUCAAAGCUGUAGUCGGUAAAAAUUUAUCUGAUGAAGAGAUAUCUCAGCAAUUGAAUGAAUUGAAUUCAUUUCAUCAAGAAGCUAUCAUGAAAUGCUUAAAAAGUAGAAAAGAUGAAAUUAAGCAGGUGUUAUUAGAAGAAAUAGUUGAUAUUUCCUCUGCGCAGCUACAGGAUUUUGAUUGGCAGUUAAAGCUUGCACUUUCCAGUGACAAGAUUGCUACAUUACAGAUGCCACUUUUAAACCUUCAUCUAGACAUAAAAGAAAAUGGUGAAGUCAAACCAUAUUCUAUUGAAAUGAGUAAAGAAGAGCUGCAGAAUCUAAUAAAUUCCUUGGAAGCAGCUAAUAAGGUCAUGCUGCAGUUGAAAUAACUGGAAAUCGCGAAUACCAAUAUUAUCAGAUUACGCUGCUACAACUGAUACGACAGAGUGAAUACUGUGUGUUCAGAAAACCUGCAAUAUACUAUAUGCCAGGCUGAGAAAGCAGCCUUAUUGAGAUUACAAAGAUUAAAAUUUAUCAACUUUCCUAAAGAACAGGAAAUUACAUGGUUGACAGGAAAUGUAUAAAAAAUUAAAGAUAAAAAGCUAUAAUAGCAGUUUAUAUUUUAAUAAUGGCUGUUCUGCUACAUUUAUUGAAUAUUUGAGAGAUCUUUAUAGGUAAAGAGUUUUACUGAAAACUAAAAAUAGGCUCUAAAUUAAUGUAAAUAUACAAAGCACAAAUAAACUUGAAUCUUGCUUAAAGAAGUAUGUGAAUAUCAAGGAUGUGUAUUAUGGAUAUAUAUGACUAAUUUGUGAUAUUUUAAAAUUACUUUUAAGAAAUGUAUAAGCUGCAUAUGUAACUCAGGAGAUUCCAUAUCUUGCUCGUGUUUUAAAGGAAAGAUUAUAAAAUGUAAAAAUUUUAGAGAAAGAAGCGCUUCAGACAUGAACAAGAAAAAAUAAAUCUGAACAAUUUUGAGUUUAUAGGUUUUAGUAAAAUCUUAUACUAAACCAUAGGAAAAAAUGCAGUAACACUGCUACUUUUUAAUUUCUAUGUCUGAUUG